GCUCCCAGAGUCCUUUGCGUUUACAUUCCAGCGGAAAUGUGCAGCGACAGUAGCAGAUCAAACUCGGGACAUUUCUGGAUAAAUUACACAUUUACCACACGGAUUAUCACUGGAAACUAAUAAAAAAUAGCGACGCCCGGUUGUCAGCUCGACCAUCGGCCACAAAUUGAGUAAAACAGCCCGCAAACGGAGCACCAAACCCGGAUGAGAGGCUUUGGAAGACGCGGAGGGAGUCUGCUGCGUCGGAUCAGGUGAUGGCGCCCUCACGUAUGAAACUGCGUGUGCGUUGCCCCGGUACCACAUCAUCAAGAAACGCUCAGCCCCAGAGUGAAGAAGACGAAGGACGGCGACAGGAGCGUCACCGAAGCACCUCGACUCGCAGCAGAGGCCGACGAAAAAACAGCAGAAGUAACAGAAAUGCCAACAACGCGACGGAGGCUUCAAAUACUACCCCCACUACGACGAGCGCCAACGUCCCCUCCGCCUCGCCUCUGCCUUCGUCCUCCUCUUCGGCCACCGCUCGCCAAGUAGUCGCCGCCGAAGACACCUCCCCCGACUCGAAAUGCCCCAUCUGCCUCGAUCGCUUCAACAACUUGGCGUAUCUGGAUCGCUGCUUGCACCGUUUCUGUUUUAUGUGCAUUCAGGAGUGGUCGCACAACAAAGCCGAGUGCCCUCUCUGCAAACAGCCGUUCACCUCCAUCCUGCACUCGGUCCGCGGCGAAAACGACUUCCAGAAGUACACGAUUAGCCGCUCGCCCGAAAACGGCAGCGUGGCGGCGACUGUUGCCAUGGUAGCGGCGAUGGCGAGCGACCACAGGAUGAGGCUGACGUUGCGGAGGAGCAGCACGAAUAGAAGUAGAAGAAACCAGCGUAUGGUGCCGGUUUGGGAGUGGCUCGUGGAUUCGCCUCCCGACAGUCCCGAGUUCAUCCCGAUCUCGCCCGUAGUGAACGCCGAGGAAACGCAACCCUUCGAUUUAGCCGAGCGUGGGAUUAUUUUCGAAGGGCUAACCGGGCUCGGAUCCGCGGGGAACCUGCCUCCUUUUGUCGCGAAUAAUCGAGAAACGCGGAAGCUGCUUUUCAGGUUAGCUGCGAGACGGCGUUUGCAGAGGGAAGGAGGACGCGUGCGGCCUUUGCGCGAUCGGGAGACGAUAGCGCUGCGUCGCGGGCUUUACCGAUGCGGCAUCCGAGUCCGAGGAAUCGCCGGGAGCAACCGAGACCAACCGCAAAGGGAGAUAUCAGUCGAAAGCUUUUGCCAUAACCCCUCGAGUUUAAACAGACUGCGUCCAUGGAUACGACGGGAGCUGGCGGUGCUUUACGGCUCUCACGAUUCGCUAAUCACAAUCGUUCAGAGGAUUAUACUGGCGCGUAUCGCUCGGCACGGACUUGAGGAUUUACCCGUCGUAGAAGACGAACUUCGGCCGUUUUUGUUGGCUCGCACGGAUCAUUUCCUACACGAGCUGGUCAGUUUUGCCCGCUCGCCUCUCACGAUGGAAAACUACGACAUCCAAGCUGUUUACGAGCCACCGGAUGUAGCUUUUAACGUGGACGCUUUGGACAGUUCGACGGACAGCAGCGCCGUCAUCGCCAUCUCCGAGGAGGAAGAGGAGAGGGAGCGAGGAGGAGGUGAACGUGUCGAGUCAGUGCAGGAGAGUCAAACCAGCCUCAGUAUGACAGGCUGGGACGAUGAAACUCCUGGCCCCUCCUACUCCAUGGCAGACUCUUCCUGUUACCUGUCCUCCUUUAGCCCCGCCCUUCACGAGUCGUCCAAUCAGGAUCGAGGAGAGACGCUCCCUCAGACGCCUGUAUCGCCGCGGCAACAAGGAGAGGAAGAGCUGGAGGAAGAGUGUCUCAUCGUGGGCUACAAGAAACCCAUCGCCGAACGCACGCCCGAGCUGGUCCAACUGUCGUCCGACUCCGAGGAGGAGAAGAAGGGAGUGGAGGAGGAGGAGGACGGCAAAGGAAGUAAAGAGAAAGAUGGAGAGAAAGAAGAGAAGGAAAAAGAGGGGAAAGAACUAACUGAAAAGCAACCGGAGAAGUUUUUCCCAGUGCUCACUCCUUCACCGCAGUGCAGAGAAGAGAUCGUCGAGGACGCACAUCCGUCGAGGUCUCACUCCGACUGCCCCAACCCCGGACAAAGCCUGACCGAAGCCCUCCUCCGCGUUCUGGGAAAAGGUUGCCCCAAAUCCAAGCGGAAGAAACGCGAAAGACGCAGGAAUAAGCGACUCCGGAGCAGCAGCGGCACGUCCCAAAACCAAAACUCCUCCAACGUCUCCACGCCGUCGCGACGCUCCUCCCGCUCGCCGUCGCCCGAAUCCAGCUUUGACUCCGACUUCCGGGGAUACUCGAUAGUCUCGCCUCUCGACUCCUCCUGUCCGUCGACGCCCAAAUCGUCUACCACUUCCUGUUUUGGCUCCUCCCCUUCCGUAACCCCGCCCCCUCGGGAAAAAGUGCAAAGAAACACGGAGGAGGAGGAGGAGGCCGCGGCGGUGGCGGAAAAACCGGGAGGGAAACGGAAAUAUAAAAGCCGCCAUCUCGACAGUCACAUCCGAGAUCCAACGUGGAGGCCGAGCGGCGGGAAAGGAAGUAAAAAUAGAAGUAAAGCCAGAGAGAUGGAGAGAAUGAGGAAAGAGGAGAGGGAGAAGAGGAGGAGACGGAGGAGGAGGGAGAGACGGAGGAGACAGAGGGAGGAGAGUCGCAGUCGUGAGGAGCGGAGUCCCAGUGUGGAGAUCGUCUACGAGGGAACGAUCAGCAGCUCGGCCCCGAAACGCAAACGCAGACGCCACCGCAACAGUCUGCUCUCCAGUCCCCCGCUGGUCAUCACAUUGGACAGUGACAGUGACCGAGGCCCCCUACUGGACCACAGCAGCAGCGCGUGCAGCUCCCCCUUCGGCUCGCAACAAACCGUCGACUUCUGCCACUUUCCCGCCCUCCCAUUGGUCCAUUCCUCCGGGGUGGGCGGGACCUUGGAGGGCAGAGACAUCGGCGAACUUCCCGUGGAUAUUUUGGACCGUGGAUCCGAAAAAUCUGACAUCGAAAACCGGAAAAAUAAGUCCUCCGAUCUGAUUUCUUUGGAAAACAGCAGCGAUAGCAACACGGAUAUCGACGUGGAGAAGGUUGAAACGAGUAAAACGCCAAAUCGUGAAGCAGAGGAGGUCAAAGACGAGCCGGAAACGUUACAACUAUUGCAGGAUAAGGCAACUUCUUCGAGUAGUCGGAACAAUUUUCAAGAAGGUAGCGAAAUUCCUCACAAAUCACAUUCCGAUGACGCUGAUAAAAAACUUCUUGAUAGCAUUUUAAGCGUUUUGGACGGAAUCUCUACAAAAUCCGACCUCCCUUCAACUUCCAAUCACGUUAAGAACAACAUUUUGCCGCAUAAACCCAAAAAUCCGAGCGUGGAUAGUUUUCAAUCGAUGUUUUACCCAAGUACGCUUCCCCCGUUUCAACAGCUAACGGAAAAUAGAACAAAAUUCCCUUCAGAUACUUUCUCCCCGCUGGAAAAAUCCAAUAUUGACGCAGACAGGACAGACAUCGCCAACGAAAUCAGGAGUAUGCAUAACUUGGAAACCCAUCGUGAAAUCGCCAGUUCGUUGUUAGCGUUACGAGAUCCAAAAAACAACUCGAUUCAAAACUCUACGUUUCCGGAUUCCCUGUCUUCCCAAGGCAAUCGGGUGUCUUCUUCCGAGAUUGACACGACCGGAUCUACCCCAAAUUCCGAUUCACUUCUUUCUAAUUUAAACGAAAAAACGCAGAACGACUUGGUGCGUGAGAAAGUUUGCAGCGACUCCAGAGCCGACUUGGACAUUCGAAAAUACAAUUCGACGAACGCGGAAGACGUGAAAUGAUUUGAACGAUUAGCGAAACCGUUGAAGUUUUAAAGCGGAACACCGUCACUUUACUCUGGUUUCUAAGCUCUUACUUGUUACAGCGCCCCCUACAUUCUGUUGUUUUAUGUACACGUUUGUCCAUAAAAAUAAAUCCAUUUCCAGCUUGUUUGGUUCAUUUUGGACUUUUACAGAAACAUUUUUAAACCCACUG